AUGUCUAUUCCUCUUCGAUCCAUUGGCAAAGAUGGCCCUCAAGUGCCUGCGGUAGGCCUUGGUCUCAUGAGUAUUGGUGAUGCCUAUGGGUCUGCCGGCACUCUUGAAGACAAAGUCGCUGUCUUAGAUCAUGCACAUGCAAUUGGCCAAUGGUUCUGGGACACCGCCGAUAUGUAUGCCGAUAGCGAAGACGUUGUUGGUGAAUGGGUUCAGCGCUCCGGCAAGCGCAGCGACAUCUUCCUUGCCUCUAAGUUUGCAAUCCAAUUUGAUCCCGCCACCGGCAAUAUGACAAUCCGAUCCGACCCUGAAUAUGUGAAAAGUGCAUGUGCUCGGAGUCUUCAGCGCAUGAAGGUUGAUGUUAUUGACUUAUAUUAUUGCCAUCGUGUCGAUGAGGUCACCCCAAUUGAAAAGACCGUUCAAGCAAUGGUUGAAUUGAAGAAUGAGGGAAAGAUCCGCUAUCUGGGUCUUUCUGAAGUUUCGGCUGCAACCCUGCGCCGUGCAUAUGCGGUUCACCCAAUCGAUGCUCUACAGAUGGAAUAUAGCCCAUUUGCACUGGACAUUGAGAAGUGUGAUCUCUUGCAAACUUGCCGUGAACUCGGUAUAACCGUGGUCGCAUACAGCCCCAUCGGUCGUGGCCUACUCACUGGCCAGAUCAAGAAGUACGAAGACUUCCCUGAAGACGACUGGCGACGUCAUUUGCCUAAAUAUGCACCCGAGAAUUUCCCCAAGAUCAUGGAAUUGGUGCAGGGUCUGCAGAAAGUGGCUGAAGCCCACGGAAGUACACCAUCGCAAGUCUCGAUUGCAUGGCUACUGGCUCAAGGACCCGACAUCAUUCCGAUCCCUGGGACUCGAUCGACUCAGCGAAUAGAUGAGAAUACUAAUUCUGCCCUGCUCCAAUUGACGGAUGAAGAAGUGAAGGAUAUUCGCGACCUAAUUGAGCGAACUGAGGUCCAGGGUGCCCGCUACUCUGAGUCGAUGGGCAAUAUGGUUGCCGAUACGCCGCCACUGUGA